GUUCUUCACAGUUCACACGUGGGUUUGAUUUUCAUAUGAUUAGAAGAUAGAUUAGAUUCACGUGUUUGAUUUUCCUGUAAUAAUUAGAUUACCUAUUUGAUAGAUAGAUUUUGGAUGAAAUAAAUGGAGUGUAAGUUGCAACGUAUGUUCCAGAUUUCACAUUGAUCGCCAUUGUCAACUAGAAAUUCGUAUUGUCUUCGGAUAAAUAUGGAAACUUGGAGUUCCACAUUAAUUGCUAUAGAACAUAAAAAUGGAGGGAUAUGUCUCACAGAAAAUCGCCGAAAUGAUGCCGAUUAUACGAGACUAGCUGCCAAGGAAAGUUGUCACCAUCCUUGGUUCCAGGAUAUUACUCCUAUCUUUGAAUUAUUUCUAUCUGGUCGAAAGGACAUGGCAUUCGUGUUCCCACCCGGUAGUGGGAAGUCUACCGUGGCUGAAAUGUUCGAGAAGUAUGCCCAUUACGAAAGCGAUGUAGCAGGUUACGAUUCAUUUUUCAGUAAUUGUACAUUUAAAAAACAGAACGAAGAGUUAUACCUCAAGUUUUAUCGGCAAUGUGCUGUUGUUCGAAUCGACUUCAGACAUGUUAAUAUCGGAGAUACCUUACUAAGUUAUCGAGAGGCUAUAACCAACCUUAUACGAUGGAUUUGGAGAAAGUACGCGUUCGAUGAGUUUCAUAGAACAGAGGAAGAAAAAUUACGAAAAGACAAGUUUCGUUAUAAAUUAUCGUUAAAAUUCUUGUUCCGGACAAUAGACAACGACAAUAAAUUCCUGUUGCUAGAUUCGGUGGACUGCAUUUAUAAUCAGAUAGCUAAGAUUGCGCCAAAAGUUAAGGAGAAUUUAUUCAAAGAUUUUACUGAUAUGAUUUAUUCGCCUCAAGACAAAGAUACUGGAUUAACACACAUCAGUUUUGGCGUAAGCCCAUAUUUCAUUACGGAACAUCUACGAAAGGGUACAUGUACAUUCUCGAUUUUUCCCCGAAGUGGAAGUAUUGACCAAUAUGAUACUGAGGAAAUCGAGCGUUGGAAUUUGGAUAACAAUCUAGCCUUGCAAACAUUUUCGUAUGGAGAAGACUCCAUUAGAACAACGUGCGAACGAAUUAACAAGAUGUGCGAAGAAUCUGAAUCCAUGAAACGUAUCGAGAAUGUGGACGACAUGAUCGAAACUUGUAAAAAAAUCGGCUCGUAUCGAGUCAAUGAUAUCGAAUUACUAAAUCCGUACUUAGUUAUCUCGUACUUAUGGAGCUUUACUAAAAAAAGAAAUUACCGUCUCGAUAUAGCGCCCAAGUCUUUAUGGUUUGAAUCUAUCCAUACCAAAGCAGAUUGCGAAAUGUUACGAGAAUUGCUUCAUACGCAAGAAACGAAAAAAAUAUUUGAUAUGUUUCCGUCUUUCAAAAUUAUUAACACUGAUCGAAAACAUUUCUUACCUUUACUAUGUUUACGGGGCAUAUUUGUCGGUUAUGUCUACAUCUGAUUGCGAGAGUACCAGAGCAACGGGAGAAAAGUGCUAUUCUUUACGAGUCGCCAACGACAGCGCAAAAAUUAUCUUAGAGUACUUCCUCGAUGUUUUACGGCGUCAAUCCUGCUACAUAGAUCGUUCUCCGAGCAAAAACGUGUCCGACGCGUUAUUAAAUGAGAAUUACGAUGACCUUUGUGGAAAAUUAUCCCAACUUGUUGGUAUUCUGCCAGCUACUACUACACCUAAUGAAGAAUCAUACCAAGCUAUCAUCGGAGGCGCAUUGAGUUCAUGUUUAUGGGAUGGAUGGUCUGUGAAAUUUGGUUACCCAUCUUCGGAAAGACCGAAUUUCGUUAUUUCCAAACGAUUGAAAAAAUACGGAGUUAAUGAACAAAUCACUCUUGUAGGGGUAUUUAAGGCUCUUCCACCAUCAAUAGAUUACCCCACCUUUGAAUCUUUCGAGGAACAUAUGGAAACAUUCGAAAACGACUACGAAGCAGCUAAAGCCUUCGUGAAGAAUCUACGUACAAAUGUAGAUGAAGCCUUUCUUUGGGAACAUCUGAAACUUGAAUUAGACCAAGCUUUGAAGAAAAUUGAUACCUAUGCUGGAAUAGCGUCUCAACAUUUUAACAGCUCAAGAGCGAAAGUUUUCAUUAUCGUUUUUCACUUUAAUCACGUAUUAUUAUUGCAUCGUUAUUAUGUACCAGUAAAUGCAAAAAUACCAGCUUCAGACGACGAAAAAACUUGGAAAAUACAUGUAACCGAACGUUUUCCUGUGAACGUGGAAAGUAUUAAAAAUUUCUUGGAAAACCCAUUUGUAGAAGAAAUCUACGUAAGCGGAGACGAAAUGAGCAUCGAAGAAUUGAAUUCCGACGAAGAUCAAGAAAGAAAGAGAAAAAGAAUGAGAAAACAUUGACAUCGAUUUUUUUUAAAAUCAUUUUUUCGCAUCAUUCAAUUAAACCGCAAUUCGUUUUUACAUUUUGUUCGUUUAUUAUUAUUUUUUAGAAGGCUGUAUUUUAAUAAUUCUAAGCUUUUUUUCCACAUGAUUAAUUAAACCGCAAUUCGUGUUCAUAUUGUUGAAUAAGUAUUAUUUUUUAGAAGAUUGUAUAGGUAUCAAUCGUUCUAUAUCUAGAGUUAUCGCCUUCGUUUUUUCAAUUUCUUAAAAUAUUAAUGAAAGU